AUGGCCGAAAGCUUUGCACGGUUUCAUACGGGCCUGCGUAGUAGUAACAGCAGUGUCCGACAUCGUGCAGCACAGAGCUUACGUUUGUACAUUGAGUCGGAAUCACGUGAUCUGUCCCAUGGGCUCUACAUGAAAUGGGUCACUGACAUUAGUGCACGGUUGAUGAUGUUGUGCAAUUCAAACGAAAAUGCCGAUCGUAUGGGCGGUAUCGCUGCUAUGGAUGAACUAGUAGAGCUCUUUAUUGCCGAACGCAAUGAUCAGACCAUCAUUGAGUUUGCACACUCACUGACUAGAGUGUUUGAAAAGAUUCCAAGUGCCGAUCCGCCCAUGUUACGUGUCGCAGCUAAAGCUCUUGGACAUAUCGUGUCCACAGGCGGCACAAGUCUUAUUGAGUUUGUAGAAGAUUAUCACGUUAAACCGGCACUUGAGUGGCUGAAGAACGAGACGUUUCACGUCCGUAGACAUGCUGCAGUCAUGAUCCUGAAAGAAUUAUCGAUCAAUGCCCCUUCGACAUCAUUUCGAUAUAUGGACAAAUACUUUGACUUUAUAUGGAGCGCAUUCUGGGACUCAAAGCUUGUAGUAAGAGUGAGUGCCAGUGAAUCACUGCAGUCAUGUUUUAUGCUCAUUCAGCAGCGUGAAUCGAACCGUAAAACGUCCUGGUACAAUCGUGCAUUGGAUGAAGCAGAAGCGGCAUUCAAACGCAACAACUCGGAGGCGACACAUGGAGCGCUGCUCAUUUUGAAUGAGUUGUUACGCAAUACGGGGGACUUUAUGCACUCGCACUAUGCUCGUGCUUGCCGCUUGGUGUUCAGUCACCAGGAUCAUAAGAGCGCUGUUGUACGCUCUGCUGUGAUCAGUCUGUUUCCGCGUUUGGCGAAGUUUAAUACGUCCGUGUUCGUCGAGAAAUGUUAUCGGUCGUGUAUGAAUCAUCUGCUCGAAGUGCUUUUCUCCGCAACAACAACGACCCGCCCGGAUGCGCUGCUUUCGAUUGGAAAACUUUCGCUUGCUAUUGGAACAUUACUAGCAAGGGAUGAACAAGCAUUAAUGGCGAUUAUGAAUGGAAUAAAGGGCGGACUGCAAGUGCGCAAGAAAGAUUUUGAUACACAUCGAGAGGCACUUGCAUGUCUGCGGAUGCUGGCAGAGACUGUGGGACUUGCACUUAUCAGGGUUGACUUGGAGUCGAUGGUGGGCCCCCUUUUCCAAAAUGACCUCGACUCGUCGCUGGUAGAGACGCUGACAACUAUCGUCAAGAAGAUCCCGCCCAUGAAACCCAUUAUCCAACAGAAGCUGUUCGAGAGGUUAAGCUCAAUUUUGCGCUCCAGGCAAAACGAUACCACUGGAUCUGCUACGACUCCAACCAGUAGGAGGAUCAAGACAACUUCCAUCUCCGUGACGGGUGGAAUGCUGUCGAACCUCUUUCUUUCUGCUACGGGGGCAAAGACCAAUGGGGCAUCCGAUAGUGGUGCGCCAUCAGCCGAGGUAUCAUCAACGAUCGCAAUGCAGGCGCUUGCAUUAGAGACAUUGGCAAAUUUUGACUUUCAGGGCAACCGACUCGUCCCAAUCAUGUCGUUUGUCCACGAAACUGUGGUCAAAUUUCUUGACCAUGAAGUUGCAGCUAUCCGUAAAAGUGCAGCACUUACGUGCUGUAAACUUCUCCUGCCAUCAGGUGAAGACCGCGGUGGCAGUACAGCGAUGACCUCGGACGAUUUUGCUCGUCCUGUUACAUCUGUAUUGGAGCGAUUGUUAACAGUGGGCAUCGCUGAUACUGAAGCGAGUAUUCGUUUGCGUGUUUUGGCAUCGUUGGAUUCACGUUUUGACCCAUUGUUGGCUUUGAACGAUAACUUGCGCUGCUUAUUUAUUGCGCUCAAUGAUGAGGUUUUUAGCAUUCGUCAAACAGCAAUGAGUACGCUCGGAAGACUCACGCAUCACAACCCUUCCACUGUACUACCCUCUCUCCGGCAAACGCUGGUGCAGCUUUUGGCUGAAUUAGAGUUUAGUGGAGACUCCCGGGGCAAGGAAGAGGGUGCGCUUUUAAUUGGUUGUUUGUUGCGGUCAGCAUCACAGCUAGCCCAGCCAUACGUGCUCCCCAUUCUACGCGUUUUGAUGAAGAAUUUACGCGAAGACUCGGAACGCCGUAGUCAUAAUCGAAGCACGAUCAGUGUGAGCAAAGCCAUCCUGGCAACCUUAGGUGACUUGGCCGAAGUCGGAGCACAAGAACUGACGCCGUACCUCGGUCAGCUAUUACCGGAUGUUAUUGACGAAAUGCGCGACUCUAGUAAUCCGCAGAUUUUACAGGUCGCUAUCAAAACUUUGGGACAGCUAGUGUCAUCGACCGGUUAUGUGGUGCUCCCGUACCAUGAGUACCCGGAAUUGCUAGACUUGCUCUGCCAAGCGCUGCAGAAGUCUGGUGAUGCUUUCGAAUCCUUGCGGGUCGAAGCAGGACGUACGAUCGGUGUUUUGGGAGCAUUAGAUCCGUAUAAUCUUCGCUUAUUUCAUUUACAAAAGCAAGGCAAGCUCAUGGAUGCCAAGAAGAAGGAGUUUCAUUCCAGCGCGUUUGCUGUUGGUGCUGGUGGUGCGUUCAGCUUAAUGGAUAAUGCAGCAAAUCCUUUAGAAGCGUUGACGACAAACAGGUUUGGUGUUGGGUCACAUCAGACAAAUGGAGCUGUAAUCGGUAUCCGUAUUGGCAAUGGAAUUGGCGGGCUUAGGUUGCUAGAUGGCAGCUGCGAGGAAGAUGCUUAUCAACUCGGAGAAUCACUUUUGCUGACACCAGCUCGGAAGGUGGCGAAAAGUGACAAGCAGACCAGCGGAAAACUGACAAACAUUAUUUUGGAGGUUCCGCCUGAUGAUUUGCUGCCAUCGAUGAUCCCCGACUCGUCCCAGUAUUUCCCCACUGUUGCGACUAAUGCAUUGAUCCGUAUUCUGCUCGAACCGCGUAAUUCGGUACACUACCAAGGCACGUUUAUGGCUAUCAUGUACAUAUGUAAAAGCCAAAGAAAACGUAUGGGACAACAUUUGGGCAAUAUCAUCCCAGCUUUUCUCUACGCUCUGGAGAAAGUAAACCGUUCUCUGCGUAAAUUUCUUUUUGAGCAGCUUUGCGAUCUGGUACAGAUUGUCGAGGAGCAGAUUCAGCCGCACUUGGACCACGUCGCAUUGCUGUCCAUCGUGAAUAGCUAUUGGGACGAGCACCUUGAAGAGGUUCUUAACUUGGUCAAGAAGCUGGCAACUUCACUUGGCGAGAAUUUUCGUGUCUACUUGCCUGACCUCAUUCCUCAAAUGCUACGCGUGAUUCGGACAGAGCGUGAUAACCCUGCCCGGCCCCGGACUCUGUUGGUGUUGAAGACUACUGUUUCGCUUGGCCGUCUAUUGGAUGGAUAUCUUCAUCUAAUCAUCCCAGCACUCGUGGCACUUAUUCAGAGCGAUGCGGACGUGAAAGCGCGGAAGCAAGGUCUUGGCUCCCUUGGGUCACUCGUGAAGAAGCUUAACGUAAGCGUGUAUGCGUCUAAAAUUAUCCACAUGUUGGCACGUGUGAUCUCGUCGCAGCCGGAGAUGGUGUAUCUUGCCAUGGAUUGCCUAUGCUGCAUGGUCUACACGAUGGGGGACGACUAUGCGAUCUUCGUUCCAGUAAUUAGUCAGGUUCUGGGUCGCCAUACAUCGCGUUCGAACGACAUUUUCGAUCGCUAUGAUCUCCUGGUGUCGAAGAUAUUAAAGUACCAGCCGCUGCCGGUAGCAUCAUGGGCAACAGAUCCGCUUAAACUGCGUAUUGAUACCUCGGGUGAUCGCAAGGACUCAAGCUCGACUACCGCAGAUGAUACGAAGAGCUUACCAUGCGACCAAAAGAAUUUGAUGAAGGCGUGGGAGGCAUCUCAGCGAUCAACCAAGGAAGAUUGGAACGAUUGGAUCCUGGGAUUCUCGGUUGAGUUGCUUCGAGAGUCCCCGUCACCUGUUCUACGAGCUUGCAAAGAGCUGGCUUCAGUGUAUCAGCCUUUGGCCCGAGAGCUGUUUAACGCAUCAUUUGUAAGUGUGUGGCCGCAUUUGUCUUCUCCGACUCAAGACAACUUGAUUCGGUCUCUGGAGUCAGCCUUCCAGUCGCCUCAUCUGCCCUCGGAGAUUCUUCAAACUCUGCUUAAUCUUGCUGAGUUCAUGGAGCACGACGAUCAACCUCUGCCGAUUGAUAUCCGAUUGCUUGGGUCUUUGGCCGACAAGUGCCAUUCUUUCGCCAAGGCACUUCACUACAAAGAGCUCGAGUUUAACACCAAUCCAAGUACCGAUGGAAUCCAGGCACUCAUCAGUAUUAACUCAAAACUGAAUCAGCCGGAGGCUGCACGUGGUAUAUUAAAGUAUGCCCUCGAAAAACUGCCAGGCAUUGAAGUGAAGGCGUCGUGGCACGAAAAGCUUUUGCGCUGGGACGAUGCAUUAGCAACACAUGACCGCGUUCUUCUAGAUAACCCGAACAAUGUGGAGUCUAUCUUUGGCAAAAUGCGCUGUCUGUGGGCAAUUGGUGAGUGGCGAAAGCUAGACGACCACGUGCAGGAGACUUGGUCCAAAAUUUACGGUGAGAGCCAAGAUUUAAAUGAAGAUGGAGAGACACAUUUGGAUGUGCCUCCGGCUCUGAAGAAAGAAUUGUGCAGCAGUGGCGCGCGGGUCGCCUUUUCGCUGCAAAACUGGGACUCCAUUCCGAAGUACAUCAACUCAGAUAUGGACGCCACGGAGUCGCAUCUUUUUCAGGCAGUUGUGUCAAUUCGGCGUAUGGAGUUGGAUGAAGCCAUGGGCUCGAUUGCCGACUGCCGUAAGGAAAUGGACCCAACACUACGUUCCCUUGUAAGCGAGAGUUACGCUCGAGCAUAUCUUCCAGCCAUCGUAAAUCUGCAAAUGCUGACGGAGCUGGAGGAAAUUGUCGCUUACUUAAAGACCUUUGCCUGUAAGAAUAACGGUGAGCUUACGCUUCUGUCAGCUCCUACAUCAUCGACUACAACGUCCACAACUGCAUCACGUCGCAAACAAAGCAUCAGCAGUCUCAACUUCGUGUCUUCGGCAUCAUCGACAUCGUAUGGACAUGAGAAGCAAGUAGCACUGAAGAAACUACAAACGAUUUGGACCAGGCGUAUGUUAGGAGUGGAGCGUAACAUCGAAGUGUGGCAAAGUCUCAUGCUGGUGCGAUCGCUUGUAUUCGAUCCCAGAGAAGAUGUGGAUAUCUGGCUAAAGUAUGCGCGUUUGUGCCUGAAGUCAGGGCACCUAAACCUCGCUUCCAGUGCGCUAUGGCGUGUUGGCGCACAACCGUUCAUCCGCAGUGUCGAACGGGACCCUUACGCACCGAUUCCGAUUAAUCUCGGUGGUAAUGCUGGAGCAAGUCAAGGUUUUGCGAACGGACUGUUGAGCUUAGCGGAUAGUGCAGCACAGGACCCGCGUGUGGCCUUUAGCUAUUUACGACAUCUGUGGGCAGAAAAUAGAGAAGAUGUGGCUUUGAAGCAGAUGGAUUACUUCAUUGAGGCUUUGGAGCAGCACGGGGAUCCAACGAACGAAGAUAUGCGCAGGCUUCGCGUGCAAGUGUACAUUCAACUGGGCGAAUGGCAAAUGUCCCUAUCCGAGCCACACAAGCAAGCCGAUGGAGCGUUUGACCAUGUCCUUGAAUGUCUUGAGACAGCAACAAAGCUGGACCCAACCAAUGACCGCGCAUGGCAUGAGUGGGCCCUUAUGAACUUCCGGGCGCUUGAGGCUACCGCGAAGGAACCUGGUCAAGGAGAUCCAAAGCAUUACGCUGUUCGAGCCAUUCAGGGUUUCUUUCGGUCGAUUUCAUUUGGCCACACGAGUUAUGAUGUGACGAAAGACGUUUUACGCCUCCUGACACUUUGGUUCGCGCAAGGCAAUCGUAGCGAUGUUCAUAUGGCGAUGGUCGAGGGGUUCCAUGAGGCAUCUAUUGAUACGUGGUUAAAUGUCAUCCCGCAGCUUAUCGCGCGUAUUGAUACACCCAACCCAAACACAAGCGACCUGCUUCAUGAUCUGCUCUCUCGCAUUGGUCAGGCACACCCUCAGGCUCUAAUUUACCCGAUUACGGUGGCAUCUAAGGCGCUCAACCCCACUCGAAAGCUUGCGGCAGAAGGAAUUCUUGCUGCUGUACGCCGCCAUAGCUCCCAGCUUGUGUAUGAGGCUGACAUGGUGUCGCGUGAACUUAUUCGCGUGGCCAUCCUGUGGAAUGAAUUAUGGCACGGCGCUCUUGAAGAAGCGUCUAAGCAUUUUUUCAACAACCGCGAUGUGACUGCUAUGAUUGCCGAGUUGGCUCCACUUCAUGAACUAAUGGAUCAAAUCGGCAUAGAGGAAGCGCCUACACUACGCGAGGUAGCGUUCUUCCAAGCGUUCGCUCGAGAUCUACACUAUGCGAAGGAAUGGACAAAUGUGUAUGAGCGCACGAAGAGUUUAGACGAUCUGAAUCAGGCAUGGGACAUCUAUUACAGCGUUUUCUCUAAGAUUCGCAAGCAGCUUGCAAACCUUUCAACGCUGGAACUGGCUAACGUUGGACCGAAGUUACUGUCAGUGCGUAAUCUCACGCUUGCAGUACCAGGCACGUACAAGGCUGGUGCCCCAAUUGUUCGCAUCCAGUCUUUCGAUACAAAAGUUACAGUGCUUACAUCAAAGCAACGACCGAGAAGGGUGUCUAUCAACGGAAGCGAUGGAAAAGCUUACCCGUUUCUGCUUAAAGGCCACGAGGAUUUGCGUCAGGAUGAGCGCGUGAUGCAGCUCUUCGGCGUGAUCAACACGUUGCUAUCAAACGACAGUGACACCAGCAAGCGUAAUUUGGGCAUCCAGCGUUAUUCAGUACUUCCAUUGUCGCACACAAGCGGCCUUAUUGGAUGGGUGCCUAACUGUGAUACCCUGCAUCAGCUUAUCCGCGACUACCGCGAGGCGCGUAAGAUCCAACUAAACGUCGAACAUCGUCUAAUGGUGCAGAUGGCCCCAGACUACGACAAGUUGCCGCUCAUGCAGAAAGUUGAGGCAUUCAAAUAUGCGCUGGGAGAGACCACUGGUCAAGAUCUGUAUCGAGUCUUGUGGCUAAAGAGUCAGGACUCUGAGGUAUGGCUCGACCGUCGCCGGAAUUUCACGCGUUCGCUAGCAGUCAUGUCGAUGGCUGGUUACAUCCUCGGUCUUGGUGAUCGUCACCCGAGCAAUCUCAUGCUAGAUCGUGUGUCUGGCAAACUCGUUCAUAUUGACUUUGGUGACUGUUUUGAAGUAGCAAUGGAACGCGACAAGUAUCCGGAGAAGAUUCCGUUCCGACUCACGCGCAUGCUGACACAGGCAAUGGAGGUCAGUGGCAUUGAAGGCAACUUCCGUUACACUUGCGAAGCAUCGAUGCGUGUACUUCGUGAUAACCGCGAUUCACUCAUGGCCGUGCUUGAGGCGUUCGUGUACGACCCCUUGAUUAACUGGCGUCUGCUUAAGAAGGACGCCGUGCCGUCUCAUGCGCAACCAGAAGAAGAUGACGGUGCUGGUGGCGCUGGACGUGAAGGAGAUACCGGAGAUGGUACAGAUGCUAACGUUGAUCAUAUUAGCCAUGAAGGCGAAAGCGAUGUACGUGGUAGUGGGGACGGGGAAGGCGAUGCUGCAAGUGAAAGGAUUUCGGAAGAGGACAAGCUGACGGAAGGCAGUAUGAAGAGCUCGACGUCAUCAGCCCCCGUGACUCCAAAGCGACGGCGAAACUCUUCGUCUGAGGCUGCAAUGCUAGGCUACAACAUGGACAUGCUGGACCCAGCAAUGGCACGCAAUUCGAUGUCUGAGACACAGCGCGACAACUUUGGCACUUCAUUUGUAGCGGCGGAACAUCCGCAGCUGAAUGAAAAGGCAUUAAGUGUCAUUGAGCGUGUCAAGAAGAAAUUAGCUGGUCGUGAUUUUGAUGAUGGCAACAAAGUGCUUACAGUGGACGCACAGGUGGAUCGAUUGAUCCAUCAAGCCACGUCGCAUGAAAACCUGUGCCAACUCUAUUAUGGAUGGUGUCCAUUCUGGUAA